ACGCUUUGCGUCCAAGCCAGCAGCACUUUCACUCCACUGAAACGGCAUGUAUCGAACUUGGUGGACUACUUUGCUUUUCGCGCUCUCCGUGGCAGGAACGGCCCUCGCUGCUGGCAGAACCUCGCCUCCGUCUGGAGCCAAGGUCGUCCGUCAAGGAACCACAACCUCCGGAGAAUACGCGACGCUUUCCGCUGCGGUGGCUGCACUACCUGAUGACGGCACCGCGCAGUCGAUAUUCAUCUAUGCGGGAAACUAUACGGAGCAAGUCUAUAUUGAUAGGGACGACGUCACGAUCUAUGGCUACACCACGGACGUCCAGAAAUAUACCCACAACGUCGUAACCAUUUCGCAUAUGCAAGAUGCCGCGAGAGCUGGAUCGGACGACGCCAGCGGUACGCUGCGCAUCCACAGCAACAACGUCAAACUGUACAACAUCAACAUCGAGAACACGAGAGGCCCGGGGUCCCAAGCGAUCGCUCUCAGUGCGUAUAGCGAUCAGUUCGGCGCAUAUGCGGUUGGUUUGUAUGGUUACCAAGAUACGCUGUUGGCCCAGUCCGGCAACCAAGUCUACCUCAAGGGCUACAUUGAGGGAGCCACAGACUUCAUCUUCGGACAGCAUGCUGUAUCCUACUUCCAAGGGAACACCAUUGCUGUGACAGCCGGUGGCUGCAUCACCGCUAAUGGACGCGGGUCGAGCGAUGACCCUUCCAUAUACGUCUUCAACAACAAUGUAGUCAAGAACUCCUCAACGGCGUCCAGCACGCCUGGCAACUACUUCUUCGGCAGAGCCUGGGGCGUGUACUCCCGCGUCAUCUUCCUCAACACCGAUCUGGAAGUAACGCCGAACGCCGCCAUCUGGAAAGCCUGGAGCGACACGCAGGACACCACUAACAUCUUCUAUGGCGACUACAACACCACGGGCUCGGACGUGCCUUCGAAGGUCAGCGAACCGAGCUGGACGCAGAAGCUCACUUCGAGCGCCGAAUCGACGUACAGCAUUACGUCCGUGCUCGGAAGCAGCUACACGAGCUGGGUGGACACCGCAUAUUUGUCUUGA